AUGCCGCCUGGAUUCGAUCGAUGGCAGAGAGAAGCAAAUAGGCGGCUUAACGCCGACUUGUUGGAGGCACAGCUCAGCGAGCUGAGGCCGGAAAGGCAGAAGUCGGGGGCGUUGCGCUUUCAGCAUCCGGUCAGCGUUGCCCCAGAACACACGAUCGUUGACCGGGUUGUGCCAAGAGCUUUAGUGGCCCAUUCGGACGGCGACCACUCGCGCGCCAUUUCCAGCGACUUAAGCGAUGAUGGAGCGGAGACUGAGCUAGCGGAAACGCCAGGAGACAGAGCAAAAGCAUGGUUUGAGGAGGAGAAUAAGAAGCAGCAGUCUCUGGGUUCAGACCGUCGGCAGCGUCUGUGUCAUGGACCGAUCGUCGACCAGGAGUCGAUAUUGCAGCCACGCUCGCCUACGCGCCCUCGAGCUCUGCUUGGACCGAAGGGGAAUGAAGCAGACGAAGCAAUUACAUCCUUGCCAAUGGAUUACAAAGACCCGAAGCAAUAUCUCUCAAACAGCCAGCAGGCCGGGAAUGAUGUGAUAGACCGCCGGCGUCAAGUUGCGUUAGGGCCUUAUUUGAAAGAAGAAGAGGAAACCAGAGACCGAAGCGUGGCCCACGUCCCUUCGGAACUGCAUCCAAAUAAUAGCAUCAUCAAGCGAAGCGUGGCCCACGUCCCUUCGGAACUGCAUCCAAAUAAUAGCAUCAUCAAGCGAAACUUCAUACGUCGCGACUCUCAGCAAGACGGGGUGCGAGUACGAAAACUGCCGAGUGUUGAUAUUGGGGAAGAGAGGUUCUUGCUGCCGAAUAUCGUCCACAAUGUGCAAUACGCAAGGGGAAACCGGCCUCCUCUUGUUAAGCGAAUGCGCUUGCCUUGCGAUAGAGAUCAGAAUUUGAGUUGGUCGGAUGAGGAUUGCAGAGACAGGAAUGGAUCUCUUGGGAUGCUGGUCCCUUCAGCCGUGGAGGAAAGUGA